AACAUCAUGCAGCAACUUUGAACGAAUACCGGUAAGCAUGUGCCUUCACUAGCUAGUAAUUAUUUUAAUCUUUCUGAACGUACGAACCGUAGUAACCGUACGAACCUAAUGAUGUCAACAGUCAACAGUACGUGCGGUGCCUCUUCACGAGAUCUAGAACAUGACUGUACACUAGCGCUACUAGCUGCUGGAGUAGCGCACGCGCAAAUAUAUAAGUCAGGAGAAGGCGCAACAUAGGUCGGGUACCGGCAACCGAGGGGGGACCUGGUCCUAUUUUGAAAUUGCAUGCAUUGUCGACAUGAUGCACCAAGGGAGACUUGCUUUUUAAGCCAUAUUCUGUAGCCCCUGGGGAAGUUCUCAAAUAAUGACCACAAGAUUUACGUUCUUUUGAACUCUGCAAAACUUGUUUGUCUUGUCUACGGAUACUUUGUGUUACUUUGAGUACAAUUUUUGAAAAAACAAUUUCAAUGACUUUGAAAAAAGGCACAAGUUCCCUCAAGACCAAUCCUCAUAUUUCCCUGACCACCCAUUCUGCUCUCUCAGGCUCUUUUCUUAUAUCACCAAACCGAUUGCUACUUUCCUCUGGACUGCUGGUAGAAGCUAGAUUCAAUAUGCGAUCUAAGUCCGCCAGACCUCGUUAAUCGAGGUGUUUCUGAUGAAAAGGGUGAAUUAUGGCGUACAGCUGUGUACUCUGAGUCCGGAUACUUCUUACAAUUUGUCACAUCCCGGUGCCACCAGCCUUUCGCUAAUACCAGUCAGACCAACCGUCGGCUGGAAUGAUGUGGAACCAAAGGCGCAAACGAGGAUACUAUCGUACGGUACAGCGUACAGCGCACCUGGUACCGUAAAGUUAAAGGGGUACUGUACCAUACGAACUGAAGCGAUCCCCACGUAAAGGCAGUGGAUCCAGUACUACAAGAGCACUCGGGUACGGUCCAAAGCUGGAGAUCACCAAAAGACACAACAGCACUGCCGUCAGCGAGAGAUGAAGUGCAUUUGCCCCAAUCUGGACAUCACAUCAUCAUCGUAGCUUAGUCUUGACUAUUCAUAGCCACACUAUUCGAAUUUAGCCAGUUGGAUUCAGCCAGCGACACAAGGGGUCACAAUCUGAGCUCACAGUUUUGAUCAUCAACCAUCUCAACAUCUUGCGAUGCUUCUAGCGGCCACGGAAACUCCUUUCAACCAUCAACCCAUUGUUUCAGAUAUCGAAGACGAAGAAUCUGUGGUUUCAUUCUUCUCGUCCAUGAACCCAAUGAAAUACGACGACGCAUCUCCUCAUUAUUUGUCUACUAGUAGUGCCUUUCAUAACUUUGACUUCUCUUGCCUUGUAAGUGACAUGCAAGGAGACGACGCGGAAGACUUUGACAAGAAACAGGGGGAGGAAAAGUUGCAGGAAGACCGCUGGGAACAGCGCCUUGUCGCCCGCCCAAACAGAAUGAAUGACAACAUCAACCAGCAGUUUCAACUCCAACAAGGUUCAUCAUCCUACCAAAACGUUUCCAUCAGUGGCGAUCAGCACCCAAUGAUGGGACAACACCAGAUGCACCACCAGAUGCACCACCAGAUGCACCACCAGCAACCCAACUUCGCCACCAAUGCUUCCUUGGCGAGAAUUCCCCAGGACCCAUUUGGACAGCAGAUUCGUCCAAUGGGAGUCUAUCAUCAAACCGCCGAACCAAUGUUCAGACAAGGCAGCAGCACCUUCCGUCCUCAAGCAGAAGAACAGUUGGUUGCCCCUCCAACCCUUCCACUCUUCCGACGUGCCAGUAGCAGUACUCAGAGUGCGACUUCACGUCGUGCCAGCAUCAAGGCAGAGGAAACUCCCCUCGGCGUGGACUUUACUCCUGGUCCUUGGCAUGUGCUAUGCGGACGCUCCAAACACAAUUUUGACCACAUCGGAAACCGCCGUUUGCGCAUCUUGGUUGCGAACAAGCUUAAGGCGUAUGUAGAAGCUUCUACUCGUCGUGACAAGUCUGAUAUCAUCAGUGAAGUUGCUGCCCAAGUCCGCAAAGGAUGUCAUCAAGGUGGCUUUGUAAGGAAAGACAAGGACGGGCAAUGGACGGAAGUGGGGCCAACCAUUGCCAGGGAAAAGGUCAGCCAUGCCUUUCGCGACAGUUUGCUAAAGCAAAACAGAACUCGUGCAGGGGAAGCCAAGCUACCAAACCGCCAGCGCACUUGGAAAGAAGCGCAAGAUGAAAUCUUUAGCAUGCUCCAUCUCCAAAGUGGAUCACUAAAGGGGGAUACCUCCGAAAGGGCCGACCUGAGCAGAAGAAACAGUACCACCAGCACUAGUACAGGCACGGCAAGCACUGCCACCCCUAUCAUUCCUCCCGCCCGUGCCUCCAUACAACCUCCAAUGCAACCUCCAACUCCCGUUCCCGAAGCAUACAUGAAUCAGUAUCACCAAUUACAACAGCAAAACAGGCAGCUGAUGGAACAACUAAACGACAACUCUCUUCCAAGAAACAGCAACGCUGAUAAUAGUGACAACGACAACGACAACGACCAAAUCCAGGGAAACCUUUCUCGCGGAGAUGGGUUCCCAUGGCUCUAA